AUAUAUAUAUAUAUAUUAUAAUGAAUAUAUGCAACGUAUGUCAGAAUCCUUCUACAACCAGAUGUUCAAAAUGUCGUCAAAUAUAUUAUUGCUCUAGGGAAUGUCAAAAAAAAGAUUGGAAGGUGCACAAAAAGUUAUGUGGAAAAAAUGAAGUUCCUAUGCCGAGUUUCCCUUCCGGUUCAUCCUUACCAUCAUCAUUACCUCAAAUGACAGAAUUUUUAACUGACAUGAUGUUCAAAAUAGAUAAAAAUAAUCCUUUGGAAAAUUGGAAUGUACCUGAUUUUGGAAAAGAAUAUGCUACGAAAUAUCCUCAUGAAAAUGUUCAGAUUGAAUUUCUUAACUCUGCCAAAUCAUCACUAAAGUCUCUUCAAAUUGUUGAAAGAUUUUUAGAUAGUGAUCUUGAUGAACCUGAUCCUAAUCACCUUAUGAAAAGAUGGAAUGAAUUUUCAAAAGAACUUAUUAAUUUUCUCUCAGCUCCAAGAAAAUUUGGUGAUAUUUUCACCGGAAAAACAAAGAACCCAUAUGUUGGAGAUAAAGGCAGGGGUGCUCUAAGUUUUAGUAAUACGCCAAAACAAAGCUUACUACUUGAUCAAGGUAAAACUCACGUUGCUAUUGGAUUUGUAGAUUUGGAUUUACUUUUGAGAGCUAGAAUUGUACAAAAUAAAAAUUCUGUGGAGCAACCAAAUAAAUUCAUUGGUUACGAAGGAUCCGUUUAUGCUGUAGCAAAAUCAAAUGUUAUAAAAGAAAUGAUGACGAAAAAGGCACCAAUUCAGUCAAUCAUAGAAUUUUGGACUUCUAGUGUAUGGACAAGAGAAACUUUAAAACACUUUGAGAAUGCUGUUAAAAUUGUAUUACAAUAUGGAAAUGCUCCAAAUAAUAAACCUCCUAAUCCCACAAAAAAGGAACUUCAUCCAAAAGUUAGAUCAUUAAUUUCUCAUUGGAAUGAAUCUGUUAGAAACCCAAAAUCUCGACAAGAAGCGCAUGAACUCUGGGUAAAAACUUUUAAUUCGGAAAGUGGUAUUUUUUCCGUUGUUGCUAAUCUUAUUGAAUCAAGAGAUCGUGUGCAAGUUGCAAGACAUAUCCUUACUGGAGAAUUUCCGCUCAUGGACGAUCAACAAAAGAAUAAUUUAAUUGCAAGCAUUACAAUGUUUAAUUGUAAUGACGGAAUUUCUCCACAUUCAACAAGUGAAUUUAUGUCUCAAAUGAUGCCAAUGGACGCUAUUUUGCUCAAAAACAAACGUAAAGAAACAUCCUUCUUGAAUGCAAUUUACGAUUUCUUUGAGAACUCGAUCACAAAAAUUUGUACUUGGUUAUCACCACCUGCAGAAAAUUCUGUAUCAAUAGAAAUUUACCUACAUUAUCAAACAGUUACUAAUGAUAAUGCCGAGCUAUUGGCCUCAAUUCGACAAUUGGAUCCAUGGACAAUGUCUUGGAGCAAUAUUUGUGAUUACUUUUACGCGCAUGAUUUUCACAAGUUGCUUCGAGCAUGUUCAGGUAAUGAUACGGUUCAUGUGAUGACUUCAAUGAAUUGGAUCACGGAAGUCUUUGGUGCACAUAUUAUGGAAUAUGAAAGCAAAUAUCGUCGAGAAAUUUAUGAAAGUGCACAGAAAACUAUUUCAAUGACUGGAAAGUUUAUAGACCCAUCAGGAUAUUUCCGAUAUGACAAGGUUAUCACAAAUCCAUAUAAUAUCGGGGAUGUAGGUGCGGCAUCGAUGGUGAAAGAAAGUUGGAAAAAUUACUUUUUUGAAGGACAAGAUUUGAACGUUGGUGAAGUUUCAUCCCUAGCAUAUACUCAGACACAUAAGACGCAUACGCUCUUAAAUAUUUGUUAUACAUUUAAUAAGGAUAUUAAUGUUUAUACUGAAAUUACUUGUUAAUUAAUUUCUAUAGAUACUCAACUUCUUGUAUUAACUUAUAUAUAAAUUGAGUUAUAAAUUAUUAAACCAGAAAUCCAGAAUGUUUCUAAUUCAGUUAUUUCAUGAUUUUCCGAACAUAAAACUUGCUCGUUAGUAGCUGCAAGUACCACCUUAUAAUUAUAGUCUUGGUGUUUUAUAUUUUAAAGGGAAGUAAUAGCAAAAAAUGUGAAAUCCAAUUUAUUUAUAUAUUGUAUCUAUUUAAAGUUUUACAUAGAAAAUUAUUUACGAUGAAUCUUAUAUAUUUUUAGUCCGUUGGAAUUUACUUUUUGUCAUGAAAUUCUUGUAUGAUCAAAAUG